AAUGCACCUUAGGUUGGUUUACGAACCGCCACUAAACACAAUAAGACGAAGACUACCAGCAGCAGGAGGUUACAACGUUGUGCCGUAUUUUGAUGGAUUCAAUUAUUUUUUGGAGCUAAAACAUGUACGACCAGGACGAAGAUAAUCAAUACGAUGAAGAUGAUGAUGAAAUCACUCCAGAUUUGUGGCAGGAAGCAUGCUGGAUUGUCAUCAGCUCUUAUUUUGACGAGAAGGGUUUGGUGCGACAGCAGCUGGAUUCGUUUGACGAGUUCAUCCAGAUGUCGGUUCAGAGGAUCGUGGAGGAUGCGCCACCCAUCGACCUGCAAGCUGAAGCCCAACACACUUCAGGGGAGGUGGAAGAGCCGCCUCGUUACCUGCUGAAGUUUGAGCAGAUCUAUCUGUCCAAGCCCACCCACUGGGAGAGAGAUGGAGCUCCUUCUCCCAUGAUGCCCAAUGAAGCCCGACUUCGAAACCUCACGUACUCGGCACCCCUGUAUGUUGACAUCACAAAGACCAUUAUAAAGGAGGGGGAGGACCAGCUGCAGACCCAACACCAGAAGACCUUCAUUGGUAAAAUUCCCAUCAUGCUUCGCUCCACCUACUGCCUGCUGAGCGGUCUGACGGACCGAGACCUGUGUGAGCUCAACGAGUGUCCACUCGACCCUGGAGGUUAUUUCAUCAUCAACGGCUCUGAGAAGGUACUGAUUGCUCAGGAGAAGAUGGCCACCAACACGGUGUAUGUCUUUGCCAAGAAGGACUCCAAGUAUGCCUACACAGCCGAGUGUCGGUCCUGUUUGGAAAACUCGUCGCGUCCCACUAGCACCAUAUGGGUCAGCAUGAUGGCCAGAGGAGGACAGGGAGUAAAGAAGAGUGCGAUUGGUCAGAGGAUUGUAUCCACGCUGCCCUACAUUAGACAGGAAGUUCCCAUCAUCAUCGUUUUUCGAGCUCUGGGCUUUGUGUCGGACAGAGACAUCCUGGAACACAUCAUCUACGACUUUGAUGACCCCGAGAUGAUGGAGAUGGUGAAGCCGUCUUUAGACGAAGCAUUUGUGAUCCAGGAGCAGAAUGUGGCAUUGAACUUUAUUGGUUCCAGAGGAGCGAAACCUGGAGUGACAAAAGAACGAAGAAUCAAAUACGCCAAAGAAGUUCUGCAGAAAGAAAUGCUUCCGCAUGUUGGAGUCAGCGACUUCUGUGAGACCAAGAAGGCUUACUUCUUAGGGUACAUGGUCCACAGGUUGCUGCUCGCUGCCCUUGGCAGAAGGGAGCUGGAUGACAGAGAUCACUACGGCAAUAAGAGGCUCGACCUCGCCGGGCCAUUGUUGGCCUUCCUGUUCAGAGGUAUGUUUAAGAACCUGCUGAAGGAGAUCAGGAUUUAUGCUCAGAAGUUCAUCGACAGAGGGAAAGACUUUAAUCUGGAGCUCGCCAUUAAAACCAGAAUCAUCUCAGAUGGACUCAAAUACUCUCUGGCCACCGGAAACUGGGGUGACGUGAAGAAGGCUCACCAGGCCCGAGCUGGGGUGUCUCAGGUGUUGAACCGUCUGACCUUUGCAUCCACUCUGUCCCACCUCCGCCGAGUGAACUCUCCCAUUGGCAGAGAUGGCAAACUGGCAAAACCCAGACAGUUGCACAACACGCUGUGGGGAAUGGUGUGUCCGGCCGAGACACCCGAGGGUCAUGCUGUGGGUCUGGUGAAGAACUUGGCCCUCAUGGCCUACAUCUCUGUGGGCUCACAGCCAUCUCCCAUCCUGGAGUUUCUGGAGGAGUGGAGUAUGGAGAACCUGGAGGAGAUAUCACCCGCUGCCAUUGCAGAUGCCACUAAGAUCUUUGUGAAUGGCUGCUGGGUUGGAAUCCAUAAAGAUCCCGAACAGCUGAUGAACACACUGAGGAAGCUCCGCAGACAGAUGGAUAUAAUCGUGUCCGAGGUGUCGAUGAUUAGAGACAUCAGAGAACGUGAGAUCAGAAUUUACACAGAUGCUGGACGAAUCUGCCGACCACUGCUGAUCGUCGAGAAACAAAAGCUACUGCUGAAGAGACGACACAUCGACCAGCUGAAGGAGAGGGAAUACAACAACUACAGCUGGCAGGACUUGGUGGCGAGCGGUGUAGUGGAGUACAUCGACACCCUGGAAGAGGAGACAGUGAUGCUCGCCAUGACCCCAGAUGACCUCCAGGAGAAGGGCGUGGCCUACUGCUCCACCUACACCCACUGUGAGAUCCACCCGUCCAUGAUCCUCGGAGUCUGUGCCUCCAUCAUCCCCUUCCCCGACCACAACCAGUCUCCCAGGAACACGUACCAGUCUGCUAUGGGUAAACAGGCCAUGGGCGUCUACAUCACGAACUUCCAUGUACGUAUGGACACGCUGGCUCAUGUGUUGUACUAUCCUCAGAAACCACUGGUCACCACCCGAUCCAUGGAGUACCUGCGCUUCAGAGAGCUGCCUGCAGGUAUCAACUCCAUCGUGGCGAUCGCCUCUUACACAGGAUACAAUCAGGAGGAUUCUGUAAUCAUGAACAGGUCGGCUGUGGAUCGAGGCUUCUUCAGGUCUGUUUUCUAUAGGUCCUACAAAGAGCAGGAGUCAAAGAAAGGUUUUGAUCAGGAAGAGAUCUUUGAGAAGCCGACAAGAGAAACCUGUCAAGGAAUGAGACACGCCAUCUAUGACAAGUUGGACGACGACGGGCUGAUUGCACCUGGCGUUCGUGUGUCAGGUGAGGAUGUGAUCAUUGGCAAGACAGUAACGCUGCCAGAGAAUGAAGACGAGUUAGACAGCACCAACCGGCGCUACAUCAAGAGAGACUGCAGCACCUUCCUCAGAACCAGUGAGACCGGCAUUGUGGACCAGGUGAUGGUGACCCUAAACCAGGAGGGCUACAAGUUCUGCAAGAUCAGGGUUCGUUCAGUUCGUAUUCCUCAGAUCGGAGACAAAUUCGCCAGCCGACAUGGGCAGAAAGGAACCUGCGGGAUCCAGUACAGACAAGAGGACAUGCCGUUCACCUGUGAGGGAAUCACACCUGACAUUAUCAUCAAUCCUCACGCCAUCCCGUCCAGAAUGACAGUCGGUCAUUUGAUCGAGUGCUUGCAGGGCAAGGUGUCUGCCAACAAAGGUGAGAUUGGCGAUGCAACACCAUUUAAUGAUGCUGUCAACGUGCAGAAGGUGUCGAACCUGCUGUCUGAAUACGGAUACCACCUGAGAGGAAAUGAGGUCCUGUAUAAUGGGUUCACGGGGAGGAAGCUGACAUCUCAGAUCUUCAUCGGUCCGACAUAUUAUCAGCGUCUCAAGCACAUGGUGGAUGAUAAGAUCCACUCGAGGGCCCGGGGCCCUGUCCAGAUCCUCAACAGACAGCCGAUGGAGGGACGAUCACGUGAUGGUGGUCUGCGUUUUGGGGAGAUGGAGCGUGACUGUCAGAUCGCUCACGGAGCGGCCCAGUUCCUUAGAGAGCGUCUGUUUGAGGCAUCUGAUCCAUAUCAAGUUCAUGUCUGUAACCUGUGCGGACUGAUGGCCAUCGCCAACACACGAACACAUACGUACGAGUGUCGAGGCUGCCGCAACAAGACACAGAUCUCUCUGGUCCGCUUGCCGUAUGCCUGUAAACUUCUGUUCCAGGAGUUGAUGUCGAUGAGCAUCGCUCCUCGUAUGAUGGCUUCAUAGUGGCGUGGUCAAUCAGCCACCUCCCUGCUAACUUUCAGAGUAACAACAGCACAAAGUGAAAAUAGAAGUUUGUUUUUAGUUUUCCCUCAUGUUUUUUUACAAGUCAAAUAAAUCUGAUUUUUGUCUGA